AUGUAUCCCUUAUCUUUGGUCCGUGAUCACCGUGCCAAGGACGUUCUAACAGCAAAAGGCAUAGCGGUUAGAUCAUUCAACGCGGAUUUGCUUUACGAGCCAUGGGAAGUGACUGAUGAAUUAGGUCGUCCUUUCUCAAUGUUUGCUGCCUUUUGGGAAAGAUGUCUAAGCAUGCCUUAUGACCCUGAGUCUCCUCUUCUUCCUCCCAAGAAGAUCAUUUCAGGGGAUGUGUCGAAGUGUGUUCCGGAUACAUUGGUCUUUGAGGAUGAAUCAGAGAAAGGAAGCAAUGCACUUCUUGCUCGUGCUUGGUCUCCGGGAUGGAGUAAUGGUGAUAAAGCUCUCACAACUUUCAUAAACGGACCAUUAAUUGAAUACUCUAAGAACCGCAGAAAAGCCGAUAGUGCCACAACCUCGUUUCUUUCUCCACAUUUGCAUUUUGGGGAAGUGAGUGUGAGAAAAGUUUUCCAUCUUGUUCGGAUCAAACAGGUCGCAUGGGCAAACGAAGGAAACCAGGCCGGAGAAGAAAGUGUUAACCUUUUCCUCAAAUCGAUUGGUCUCAGGGAAUAUUCAAGAUACAUAAGCUUUAACCAUCCAUACUCUCAUGAAAGACCACUUCUUGGACAUCUUAAGUUCUUCCCUUGGGCUGUAGAUGAGAACUAUUUCAAGGCAUGGAGGCAAGGCCGGACCGGAUAUCCGUUGGUCGACGCCGGGAUGAGAGAGUUAUGGGCUACUGGUUGGCUACAUGAUCGCAUAAGAGUAGUUGUUUCAAGCUUCUUUGUUAAAGUACUUCAAUUACCAUGGAGAUGGGGAAUGAAGUAUUUCUGGGACACAUUGCUCGAUGCAGAUUUAGAAAGCGAUGCUCUUGGUUGGCAAUACAUUACCGGUACUCUCCCGGAUAGCCGGGAGUUUGAUCGCAUAGAUAACCCGCAGUUCGAAGGGUACAAGUUCGACCCCAAUGGAGAAUACGUAAGGCGAUGGCUUCCUGAGCUUUCUAGGCUCCCUACGGAAUGGAUACAUCAUCCGUGGAACGCGCCUGAAUCAGUGCUUCAAGCUGCUGGUAUUGAGCUUGGAUCUAACUAUCCUCGACCUAUAGUAGGACUAGAUGAAGCUAAAUCACGGCUUCAUGAAGCUCUUUCGCAGAUGUGGCAACUAGAAGCUGCUUCAAGAGCUGCAGUAGAGAAUGGAUCAGAAGAAGGACUUGGAGAUUCUACUGAGUUGGAGGAAGCUCCUAUAGAGUUUCCAAGGGACAUCACAAUGGAAGAGACUGAACCAACUAGGGUCAACAUAAUCAGGAGAUAUGAAGAUCAGAUGGUUCCAAGCAUUACGACUUCUUUGAUUAGACCUGAAGAAGACGAAGAGUCGUCUAUGAGUUUAAGAAAUUCAGUAGGAGAUAGCAGAGCCGAGGUUCCAAGGAACAUGGUCAACACCAACCAAGCUCAUCAACAGCCGAGAGCAGAACCGGCUUCAAACCAAGUCGCUGCUAUGAUUCCAGAGUUCAAUAUUAGAAUUGUUGCAGAGAACACUGAGGAUUCGACAGCGGAAUCUUCGAGCAGCGGAAGAAGAGAGAGGGACGGAGGCAUUGUCCCCGAGUGGUCCGGGUACUCAGAACAGUACGCUAGUGAAGAAAAUGGGAUUGGAGGAGGAAGUACAACAUCUAGCUACUUGCAGAAUCACCAUGAAAUAUUGAACUGGAGACGGCUUUCACAGACCGGGUAUGUAACUUGCAAAUCUUACUCUGAGUCUGACUGUCUGAGCAAUAAGUUCAGUUCAUUGUUUUGA